AUGGAUGGUGAGGAUACGAGCGGACAAUCAUGGACCAGAGAUCUUGUACUGGAGGACUGGCAAAAGGCUAUGCAAAUUGCUCAGGGAAGACUGUUAACCAGCAGUACCAGAAUUCGCCUGCAAUUCUUACAGGAUGAACUUAUAUGGCUUGCGACCAACGGAGGAUUGAGCCUAAGGCAGAUCAUGGAUGUUUUUAAACUCCUGACGCAAACAUACCCCCGAUACGUUGAUGGCGCUUCCCGCGAUGCCGUCGAGGAAGUGGGAAUGACGUUGAUUGAGAAGGAUGAGACAGCUGAUGCUGACCAAAAGUUGGGAGUCACAGAGCAAGUUCUAGGAUGGCUUGCGAACGAAGUAUCCCACAUAGCUAAGCGUGGUUCACCAAGCACAUACGCGCCUGCAGAUAUCUUCGUUCUCUUAAGCUGGGCAUGCGGGCUUUAUGCGACGUGUCUGCGGUCUUCUCCUGGCUUUACGUCUUCCCCUCAGUGGAACGUGCUCGUCGAGAUCUUCGCAACACUUCUUGAUAUGCAACUUAACCGCUCUACGCGAACAAAACCAACUAUGCAAAAAAGUGCAUUUGUCCGUACACGCAGAGCCCUUCGGUCUGCACCGGAAAAGCUUCCCGCACUCAUGGCGACACUCGUAGCGCAAGCAAAAUCUAGCCAAAUUCCCCUCAUACAGAUUCCUUUGCUGAGUACUGCUGUGGAUGUGACACUUCGUCUGAAAAAUGUGAAGGACGAAUCGUUCACCCAAAUUCCUUCUGCAAUCAAGAAUGACAUCCUCGAUCUUUAUACGACUUGCGUUGUGAUGUCCAAAAAUCCUGUUCCAUCGCACUCCUCUAGCGCGCUUCAUGAUUUCAUAGGGACCUGUGUAACCUCUAGCGAUCUAACAGCAAAUGUAUUGCCAACUAUGGAGAAGGCACUCUUACGAUCACCAGAAUAUUCACUAAGUGUAAUCGCAGAUUUUUUACUUGCGUACUCUCAUAACCUCGACUCCGCCACAUUCAAAAAACUCCUUACUGCUUCCCUUAACUCCGCCAAGUCUAACAACCCUGUCGUACGCACGAAUGCCACGGGACUAUUCAAGGUCCUGAUCUCCAAAGAUAUCGAUUCUACUAGCGUCGGUGCAGCCCUCACGGAUGUUUUGACACUGCCCAAGACUGGUAAAACUACAGGCCCAGAGCACCGACUUACGCUUUAUGCAAUGCUCGCCACGAUGCCACCAAGCGCUGACGUUUCGACCAUAGUCAUCCAGAAUGUACCUCAGCUGCUCGUGAAGGAAACGAAUGACGCGGCUGUUGGGGUGCUGGCAUCGAUCAUGGCGGCACAUCUUACUUUCGUCCUCAAGGCGAAUAUGGAAGUGCCUGCAGACGCGACGACUGUGAUUGCGAAGGAGAUGACCAACACAAAACCUGUCAUCAGGAAAGCUUUUGUAUCUAUCACCGGGUCGGCACUCUGGAACGUUGACGCGGUCGACACCGACGCUGUUUUGGCUUUUUCAACGGGCAUUACGAGUGCUCUUGAAACUAACCUAAAGGUUGUGAGUGCGAAUCCUCUAACUGCAGCAGUUGGUCCGUUGGAGGGGUAUGUUGCCCUUGCCCUGCUCAUGGGUCCCCUGACAAACACGGGGAAGUUCGGCGAUAUCAUAGCUCGCAACGUAUCUAUCGAAGCUCUGACCGGCACACAGGCCAAGCCAUCAUUCAUCAUCUCAGAUAAAAUAUAUCAAAAAUUGACUGACGUAGAAGACGAGCUAUGGCUUCUACGUGCCGCGAACCUAUCUCUUUUCCGCCUGAAGAACGAGCUGGCUAAAAGCGAUCAAUUACGGCCAUCAUCUGAAGUUCGCAGAGUAGCGAUUCAGACUAUCGAAGCAGCUGUUCAGUUACUUCCACAGCUUGUUAUUCCGAUCCUGCGUGAAGCGCUGACAGCUUCGUUGAUCAAAGAGAAGUCGGCUGCUGUCAAGAGCGCACCAGUGAAAGAAGAGACUGAAAAACCAGCUCCAGACAGUCGGCGAAGGUAUGCAGCAUUGCUACUGUGCUGCGGCUACAAGGAAGAAGCAGGUGCGGGCGAGAGAGACGAUCGACUACACAUCACUCUGCCGUUUGUGAGCUUCCUCGUCCCUGAUUCUACGACUGCCGCUGAACAUUCUGUAUCAGGUCCUCCAUCCCGCAUGCUAUGGAUCGAGUUGUGCCAGAAGGCUGGCGUGGACCCGCACAAUUUAAUCUCUCGUCGUGUUGACCGGGCGAUGUCGAGCAUUUUGACGGCAUCCACCAUCGAUUCGAAGUUUGGCUUUGCGGACGCGAGCUAUCAAGCAAUUAGCACAUUGGCGUUUGUAUGCCCCGAAAAUGUAUUACCGAAGAUCAUGGAGCAGUUACGUGCCGACACCGACCCUUCGACAAUCAAAGCACUGUCCGAGGCUGAGUUUGGUAUCUGGCAAACGCCGGAAGGCAUGACGUACGUAGAUGUUCUCUCCUCUCAGAAGGCCGAGGAAGGUCCCAAGAAAGGGAAAGACGCUGACAUUGCCCGUUGGGAGGCCGAGCUUCGUAAAUCGCUUGCGAACAAGAAGGGCGGUACAACAACUACGCUUUCGAAGCAAGCUCAAGCCCUCGUACAAGCACAGCUGGACAAGGAAGCAAUUGUGCGGCAGCGAGUUACCACUAUCAAACUCAAUCUGCAACGAGGGCUGUCGUACAUUCAGAGUUUAGCGUCAAUCAAUGUCCCCGAGUUGCGCAUGUAUGUUUCCUUCAUAUUAUCACUCUUGUUGGAGGGAGCUAUGGGCCAAGGAUCGAGGCUUGUCGGGUCGCAAGCUUUUGAUGCCUAUUUGGACCUCGCGAAGUGCUGUUCAGCACGUUUAGACACGUUCCACAAGUGGGUUGGUGUGGCGACAUUGCGAAGCCUUGGGAUAACAUCGGUGCCCGAAGAACUGCAGGCUGAACAACUUAGCUCUCUUGUGCUACGUGUUCUUUACCGUCUACGAUCGCUAUCGGAACAAGCUCCGUUUGAUGCCGCAACCUUUUCCUAUGCAUUCCCACUCCUUGCACAGGUGUUGCUGAAGGGUGGUGUAGACGCCGGCCAAGAUGACGGCGAUGAAGCACUCGAGCAAGUAACUCUCGUGCUCGACAUCAUCAGGUUUCACUGCAGCGAAUUUUCGGAUGCAGCAUUUCCUCGAAAAGCAACUAUGGAGCACGUCCUCCAUGUCAUAAGGCAUCAGCCGCGACUUAGCAAGGAAGCAUCAUCUGUUCUCAUCGACCUCGGAGAGGCUGUGCAGUCGAAUGCUACCCGCGAUGAGGUCGGUGUGCUCAUUGGCGGUACACUAUUGCAAGAGGUCUAUGUCAGGAAUGCUUGUCUACAAGCUAUCCAGCCAUUCGAUUUGACCGAUCUUGAUUGGUCUCCGCAACUUUGGAUAGCCUGCCAUGAUGACGACGAACAAAACGCUCGUCUCGCCAAUCACGUGUGGGAGGAUAACGGCUUAGAUGUGCCAGAAGACUUCCUUGACAAGCUUAUGGACUAUCUAGAGCACGACAACGCGUACGUUCGAACCAGCACGGCAUUGGCCAUUGCGGAGGCUGUGAUUUAUUGGCCUCGAAAGAGCGCACUGACCAUAGUUACUCUACAAGACUUCUACCGGGAGAAGGCUAAAAUACUCGCUCCCGAGUUCGAUGAAUAUGGCAUGGUUAUCGCUUCUAGCCUUGAUCGCUCCGAUCCAUGGACUACCCGGGUGGCAGUGGCCCUUGCAUUCGAGCACUCGGCUCAGUCAUUCACAGAGGACCAGAUUGAACCAUUCUUCGUAUUUUUGAUCAAGGACGAAGCAUUAGGUGACAGGUCACCGGACGUGCGCCGCGGCAUGCUUCGGGCUGGAACUGCCGUGAUCGACAUUCAUGGCUCAAAACGGCUUGCAGGACUACUCUCGACUUUUGAAGAACAUCUAGGUGGCCCAAGUCCCGCAAACGAAACUGGAGAUCAAAUCAAAGAAGCCGUUGUCAUUCUAUUCGGACGUGUCGCCAGGCAUCUCGAUGCCUCGGACACACGCAUUCCCAGCAUUGUCGACCGACUGGUCGAAGCUCUUAAGACUCCGGCAGAACAAGUCCAAAUAGCUGUUUCUGACUGUCUUGUCCCUUUAGUGAAGCUCAUGGGCCCGGGCGUACGCAAGCUCGUUGAUCACUUGUUUGAGGAGCUCUUCGAUGGAUCGAAAUAUGCUAGUCGACGGGGAGCUGCCUAUGGUCUUGCAGGUACUAUUAAGGGUUUGGGAGUAGGCGCCAUGAAAGAAUACGAUGUCAUCAACCGCCUCCGGACAGCUGCUGAGGACAAAAAGCGUUUCGAAACGCGUCAAGGUGCAAUGUUUGCAUUCGAAACUUUGUCGAAUACGCUCGGCCGACUAUUCGAGCCCUAUAUCACAUUUAUCCUCCCCAUUCUCCUGACCGCGUUCGGUGACACGACAGCAGACGUGCGCGAGGCUGCUCAGGAUGCAGCAAGGGUAAUCAUGGGCAAUAUGUCUGGAUAUGGCGUCAAGCUCAUUCUCCCUUCCUUAUUGUCUGGUUUGGACGAGAAACAGUGGAGGUCUAAAAAGGGUUCCAUUGAAUUGAUGGGCAUGAUGGCCUACUGCUCGCCCCGACAACUAUCACUAUCACUGCCCAUUGUCAUUCCACGCCUUACUGGCGUUCUGACGGAUACCCAUGCCCAAGUCAAAACUGCGGCCAACAAGAGUCUAAAGCAGUUUGGAGAAGUCAUCAACAACCCCGAGAUACAGGCGCUUGUUCCGACGCUACUAAAGGCGCUUGUGGAUCCUGCGAAGACGACAAAUGCUUUAUCAGCCCUCCUGAAAACAUCAUUUAUGCACUACAUCGAUCACUCCUCUCUGGCGCUGGUCAUACCCAUUAUCGAACGUGGAUUGCGGGAACGAGGGACGGAGGGCAAGAAGAGAGCCGCUCAAAUUGUUGGCAAUCUUGCAUCUUUGACGGACUCUAAAGAUUUCGUGCCUUACUUGUCUUCGCUCUUGCCGUUGGUGCACCUCGUUCUGGUUGAUCCCGUGCCGGAAGCACGCGCGACUGCUGCCAAAGCGCUCGGGACACUUGUUGAACGUCUCGGAGAAGCCCACUUCCCCGACGUUGUCCCCGGACUUUUGAGAACACUUAAGACCGACACCUCAGGUGUUGAUCGACAAGGUGCGGCUCAGGGUCUUAGUGAAGUGCUAUCCGGACUCGGCAUGGAACGACUUGAGGGCCUUCUCCCUGACAUUAUCGCCAAUGCGCAGUCCCCUCGGAGUACCGUCAGGGAAGGUUUCAUGUCUCUCCUCGUGUAUCUACCGGCUACCUUCGGCGCUCGAUUCCAACCACAUUUACCGAAAAUCAUAUCCCCCAUCUUAAGUGGACUGUCUGAUACGGAAGAAUACGUCCGGGAAGCCGCUAUGCGAGCAGGGCGGAUGAUUGUUACCAAUUACUCCACCAAGGCGAUCGACUUGCUCCUGCCUGAACUUGAGCAAGGCAUGUUCGAUGCUGGCUGGCGCAUUAGGCAAUCAUCAAUCACUCUUGUUGGAGAACUAUUAUUCAAGGUAUCAGGUAUUAGUGGAAAGGCUGAAGUUGAAGAGGAAGAGGAAGUGGCCGAAGUUGCAGUCGCAGAAUCUUCUCGCCGUGCGCUCACAGAUGUUCUUGGAGAGGAACGUCGUAACCGUAUUUUAUCGGCAUUAUAUCUUGCAAGACAAGAUGCAGUCAACGUUGUUCGUCAGUCUUCUGUUCACAUCUGGAAGGCGCUCGUGCACAACACACCCCGUACUGUACGCGAAAUUCUCCCGGAGCUUGUUAGUCAGUUGGUGAAACUGUACUCCAGCGAGGAGUUCGAACAGCAAGAGACUGCCACUCGUACCACGGCAGAGCUCAGCCGCAAGUCUGGCGAGAAGGUUCUGGGCGAAAUUUUCUCAAUUCUCCAUGCUAAGUCGCAUUCUCCUGAUAUUCGUACCCGCGAAGGUGUUUGCCUCAUGCUGUGCGAUGUAAUGGAGAGCACAUCCGAUGCACAACGUGAUGGCCAUGAAAACGAAAUCAUUAACAUGGUCCGUGCCUCUCUGGUGGAUGAUGACGCUAGUGUACGUUCGGCGGCCGCGAAGGCAUUUGAUGUACUUCAAGAACAUCUCGGCGCGAAAGCGAUUGACCAGACGAUCCCCACUUUGUUAGAGGCUUUACGCCAGCCUGGUGCAAGCUCAGACACCGCACUUCAAGCCUUGAGGGAGGUCAUGUCGGUCCGGGCGUCUACUGUGUUCCCUGUUCUCAUCCCAACCUUGAUUGCCACACCUAUGACGGUUUUCAAUGCCAGAGCUUUGGCGUCUCUUGUCACCGUUGCUGGUCAUGCCUUGAGCAAGCGCCUCAUUGUCAUCCUUGGAGCAUUAGUAAAGGUUUUGGAAGAAGAUCAAGACGAUGGACUACGGAGCGCUAUCGACGAGGCUGUGCGUGCACUUUUAGCCUCGAUAGAAGACCCGGAGGGUUUGAACACCUUGAUGUUGCUCCUUCUUGGGUGGGCCAAGAGUGAUGCGCCAAAACGGCGGAUUAGCUCCUGCAAUCUCUUUGCAGUGUUCUGCGAGGAAUCUGAGCUGGAUUCGUCAUUAUACCGUGUUGACUGGGUUCGACAGCUUGUUUCUCUCUUCGAUGACCAAGAGGUUUUAGUCCACACUGCGGCUUGGCAGGCAUUUGAUGUAUUCGUCAAGUCAGUGCCAAAGGAUGAGCUGGAGUCCCUCGUAGUCCCCUUGCGCAGGACGAUCGAGAGCACUGGCGCACCUGGCCGAUAUGGAGUCGCACCCGCCGUCCCUAUCAUUAUUGCUGGUCUCACGAAUGGCAGCAACGAACAACGCGAAAAUGCAGCAUACGCUAUCGGAGACUUGGUAGAACGGACGGAGGAGUCUGCUAUCAAACCUUUCGUGGUGCCAUUCACUGGGCCCCUCAUCCGUGUUGCAACACAAGCCACCACAUAUCCUCCUGGUGUGAAGACUGCCAUCCUCAGUGCACUGGCCUCGAUGCUCGAGAGAAUUCCCGGUCACGUUAAACCGUUCUUCCCUCAGCUUCAGCGCACAUUUGUCAAGGCAAUCAGCGACACGUCCUCUGCCGUCGUACGAACUCGUGCAGCAGAUGCUUUGGGUAUCCUCAUGCACAGCCAGCCAAGAGUUGAUCCUGUUGUUACGGAGCUUAUUGCUGGUGCGAGAUCCAGCGAGGAGGAGAUUGCUGCUAGCUUCGUUCUUGCAUUGUCGAACGUCGUGAAGAGUUCUUCUGCGCACGGUGGUAUUGGAGAUAAGGCUAGAGAAACCUGCAUUGAACUUGUCAAUGACGCAUUCCGGGAAACACACGAGGAUCAUUACGUUCAGGCAACAGCAACGUUGAUAGCCUCAUUGUCAGCAAACCCGCAAUCACUGAAGCCGAUUGUAAAUGCAUACUUGAUCUCUGGAACACCUCCAUCAGCCCUAGCAUCGCAUGCCAUCCUUGCUGUCCUAUCUCCCGAUUCGGACGACUACUUGGAGCCGGCAGCCACGCUGUUCGCAAAACUGGGGCUCUUACGCAGUGUAGCUCUGAAAGUCAAAGAAAACCUGCGAGAGAAGCCAGAGACAUAUUGA